AUGGACCCCUCGUUGAAUAAUCUCCUCAAAUGGAGUAUCGAGAACACUCCCGCGGCCAACGGCCAGCCAAACGGAACCGAACCAUCAGCCCAUAGACAACCCAUUGAUGCGGAAGCCCUCCAGCGCCUACUAGCAAACACCCCAUCAGACGCAGAGCUCAUGAAAACUGCAAUGGAAGUCGUGCGGUCCUCCGAAACAACGUUGGAAAAUAAGCUUAUCGCCUUUGACAAUUUUGAGCAGUUGGUUGAGAAUCUGGAUAAUGCGAAUAAUAUGGACCCCAUAGGCCUUUGGCCUCCGCUGGUAGAGACGUUGAAGGACGAGGAGGCUGAGAUACGGAAAAUGGCCGCAUGGUGUGUUGGAACAGCAGUUCAGAAUAAUGAAAAGUCUCAAGAGAAGGCCCUGGAAGCAAAGGUUAUUCCAGAGUUAGUUCGAAUGGCCAGGGAGGACAGCGAUACCACUGUCCGCCGCAAGGCCGUGUACGCUAUAUCCUCGUGUGUGCGGAACUACCAGCCUGCCCUGGAAAAACAACAUCUUUUUCAACAAUCGCGAGAGCUAUACCGUCACAAGAUACCCGACUGA